AUGAGCAACGACGACGUGUGGGGGCUCGUACAAGGGCGAUACGACGCUGCAGCCCUCGAGAGGCUCCUCGCUGGCAAGUCCAUCGCGUCCAUGGAGAUGGACGGAUGGACCCCGUUGCAUUAUGCCUGCGACAACCGCUCGGUCACAAGCCUGCAGCCUCUUCUGGCAGCCGGAGCCAGCGUCCACGCCGUCGACGAGACCGGUUACACGCCCCUGCACUUGCUUUGCAAGAACAGCGAGAUCAACGCGAAGGCACUCGGCGAGCUCAUCCAAGCUGGCGCUUUGGUCGAUGCCACGUCCACGGACAACAAGAAGUCGACGCCAUUGCACUUGCUAUGUAUGAACGAGAACGUCAGCGUAGCACUUUUGCAGGUGGUUAUUUCGGCACCGGGUGCCACCUUCGUGAACGCGACGGACGGCGACGGCAACACGGCGCUGCACUAUCUGGCGUCGAACCAUGCGCUGCAAGACGACAUGUUCUUACUUGCGCUGCGAUCGGUGCCACGUGUUGGCGGUGUAAUGACCCAGAACCACUUCAAGGCAACUGCGCUCCAUUACCUCUGCCAGAAUGCUAAAGUCUCGCCAGCAAUGCUACAUGCAAUGCUCCAUCGACCAGGUGUCAACCCAAACACGCAAGACAACAUUGGCAACUCGCCCCUCCACGUGCUGUGCGAAAACAGUCGUGUGACUGUGGCCCUGCUGCGCGAGUUCAUGGCCACGGACGUACCGGUGACUAAUACGACGCUGGCCAACACUGCUGGGAAGAGACCGUUUGAUGCGUUGGCUGCCGAAGAUUGCAUCGCGUACGGACAAACGUUUGCGCCACAGCACGAAGCAAUCCCGUCUGCAUCGUCGACGUCGGGUGGCGAAGAUACGUCCGAGCUGCAAGGUCCGCUCCUCGCCAAGGUGACGGCGUGGAAUGCGACCUUGCCGCCCUUUGACGACGCAUUUUACGUCGCUGUCUCGUGCGAGCCUGCAUUUGAGGCCACAUACGAGCAAGUGCAAGAGCUUUCCGUGGCGUUGCAAAGCGCGAUGACGACGCUCACGGCGUGGGAAGCCAAGAUGGCCGAGUGGCGGCAAUGCGUCGUUCUUGCCUUCGUUGCGCUGGUGCAUCCGUCCAUGUGGGCGACGUACGCAGAGUCUUUCCGUCGCCCUCUGCCUCUGGAUGUCGUCAAGCUUCGGCCGGCCGUCGAGGCCAUCUGGCAACGGGCACCCACGGACCGUCGCGAGCGCUUUGGCGCGAUUCGCGAGCUUCUCCGCUGA